AGGAGGGGGGAGGAGGGGUUUACUGACAUCAGCACUACCGCUCACUACAGCACUGAGCAGGCUGCCUGUCUGCGGGACCAGCCACGCCAUCCAAUUUUAUCCUGACGGGGCUUCACGGAUGUCUGGGCUCGCUCUGCGGGGUUCAGGUCGUGUGGAAGCGGACAUUUCGUACACUGAGACGUCCGUGGAGGAUCAGGGCUCGUCCGGGCAGUCUAAGCGUUUGCAGGUUUGUCUGUCUGCACCAGGGGGCUGCACUAAGAAGAAAGGCGAACCAGCAGGAUUUCAUACAGAAGAGUGCACACAGGGGCGCUCCCAAUAAGAAGCCAAAUUCUGCACUGCAGUGGAUUUCCUCAGGUGUGUGUGUAAGUGUGUGUGUGUGUGUGUGUGAGAGAGAGUGUGUGUGACUGUCUGACUUCACAGGACGCUCAGCUUUGGAUUUAAAUACUUUCUCAUUAACAUUGGAACCCGCAGAAGCUUUGGGGCAUCGUCUGGAGGUCGCCCCGUCCUAGAAAACUGUGCCACCAUCCAGCUUCCACCCAGCUCCCCCCUCCACCUCCUCUUCUUUUUCUUCUCCCAGCACAGGCACAGUGAGGUGGAGGGUUUGUCCGGCUAUCUGUCCCGACUCCGGAAAACCCGCAGGCCUCAAACCAGAGAGCUGGGACUGGAUUUAUGCAGUAAAUCUUUUAGAAACUGUCUGAGUGAUUUAUCAAAUAUAGUGUCAAAGCAAAGACCAGCCAACUGUUAACUUUAGUUACUCAGAGGACUCAUAUUUUUGGAUAAAGACGGUUGGACCUGCUCUUUAGGAGAUUAUAGGACUAAGAAGGUGUCAAAUUUCACCUCAGGAAUCAAAUUUUCAUCACUGUGUCAUCCAAGUCAGCACGACACAGCACAUCUCAGGCACAAAAACAGCUUUCCCAGGUUACGGUUGAGUUCCAGUUUCUCCUCAGGAAUUUUUUAACCACAAACAAAGUUUCUGUUAAAUAUCUUUAAGGUGUUAAUUGCAGUUUUAACACCACAAAUCUCAGGCAAACCCCAGCAUUUUAGGCUUUUGAACCAACCUAUGAACUUCAUGCCAUGGCAUCCGACAGUUUCCAGUACAGGGCGCUCUUUGAGUACAAGCGUGAGCGUGGUGAUGACAUCAGCCUCCAGCCGGGCGAUCUGCUUACUGUCUCCAAGGCCUCGCUGAUUGCCGGGCCGGGGCUCGACUACCAGGAUGGGGAUGAGCGGAGCCCCAAAGGCUGGCUGCACGGCACCAAUGAGAGGACCAAAGAGAAGGGAGACUUUCCAGGGACUUUUGUGGAGUACGUUGGCGUGGUCAGGGUCAGUCCACCUGCGGCUAAAUCCUGGCCCAGGCCUGUACCACCGACCCCAGGGGGAACGCAGACCACUGUGGGGCCUCAGCCUCCUGGAGCAGCUGCUGCCUCAGGUGUGGAAGUGGAGCUUCUUCCUGAGGCGGCUCCUGUGGUCAUCUGGAGACUCAUCGAGGCCAUCGAGAAGCAUGGUGUGAACAACGAGACUCUGUAUCGAGCUCCUCCAGCUUCCAGUGGCCCUCCAGAGCUGCGUCAGGCUCUGGACUCAGAUCCGGUCUCUGUAGACCUGGACCCGUACGAUAUGGUUUCUCUCAGUGAUGCUCUCACAGGUUUCCUGCAGGACCUGCCAGUCCCCAUCAUCCCGGCAGCAAUCUACAGUGAGCUAGUCUACACUGCUCAAGAGAGUCAGAGUGUUGAUGAGUGUGGAGAGAGGCUAAAGCAGAUCCUGGAGUCUCCUAGCAUCCCUCAGGCCAACCACCAGCUCCUGGUCCACCUCAGCAGACACCUGGCCAGGGUCAGCCAGCACAGCCAGACUUCUCCUCGGCUGCUGGGACAGGCCUUCACCGAGGCCAUCUUCCAACACUCUGCUCUAAGUGCGGAUGUAAACCCGGAGCAUCAUGUCAGGAUCUUGGAGGCUCUUAUCACAACGGGAGGUCUCAUGGAGAUGCAGGCUGCACCAGCUCUUCCUCCGAAGCCGGCAAAGCCCCAGCAGCCCUCGUCAGUCGGGGUAGGGGGGGUUAGCAGCAACGGAGCAAAGGAUGUAGGAGCAGGAGGCUCGUUGCAGGAGGCCGAGUGGUACUGGGGCGACAUAUCCAGGGAGGAGGUGAACGAUAAGCUCAGAGACAUGCCCGAUGGGACCUUUCUGGUUCGGGAUGCUUCCACCAAGAUGCAGGGCGACUACACGCUCACACUGAGGAAAGGGGGCAACAACAAGCUGAUAAAGAUCUACCACCGGGAUGGGAAGUAUGGCUUCUCCGACCCAUUAACGUUCAACUCAGUAGUGGAGCUCAUCAGCCACUACAGACAUGAGUCUCUGGCUCAGUACAACACCAAGCUGGACGUCAAGCUCAUGUACCCCAUCUCCCGCUUCCAGCAGGAUCAGCUUGUAAAGGAGGACAACAUUGAUGCUGUUGGGAAGAAGCUGCAGGAAUAUCACAAUCAGUACCAGGAGAAGAGCAAAGAGUACGAUAGACUGUACGAAGAAUACACCAAGACGUCGCAGGAGAUCCAGAUGAAGCGGACGGCCAUUGAAGCCUUCAACGAGACCAUCAAGAUCUUCGAGGAGCAGUGCCACACGCAGGAGCGCUACAGCAAAGACUACAUCGAGCGCUUCAGACGAGAGGGCAACGACAAGGAGAUCGAGCGGAUCAUGAUGAACUACGAGAAGCUCAAGUCUCGGCUCGGGGAGAUCCACGACAGCAAGGUGCGGCUGGAGCAGGACCUGAAGACACAAGCCAUGGACAACAGAGAGACGGACAAGAAGAUGAACAGUCUGAAGCCCGACCUCAUACAGCUCCGAAAGAUCAGGGACCAGUAUCUAGUCUGGCUCAAUCACAAAGGAGUUCGUCAGAAACGAAUUAACGACUGGCUGGGAAUCAAGAGCGAGAACACUGAUGAAGGAUACUUUGUGAGUGAGGAGGACGAAAACUUGCCUCACUACGAUGAGAAGAGCUGGUUCGUCGGGGACCUGAACAGGACGCAGGCGGAGGAUUUGCUCAUCGAGAAGCCGGACGGAGCGUUCCUCAUCAGAGAGAGCAGCAAAAAGGGCUGCUACGCCUGCUCUGUAGUUGUGGAAGGCGAGGUGAAGCACUGCGUCAUCUACAGCACGCCGCGGGGCUUUGGCUUCGCCGAGCCCUACAACCUGUACAGCAGCCUGAAGGACCUGGUGCUCCACUACCACCAGACCUCCCUGGUGCAGCACAAUGACUCGCUCAACGUGCGCCUUGCAUACCCCGUCUACGCACAGAUGCCCUCCGGACGCAGAUGAACCCCACCCACCUGGCCACACCCCCACAUAGACAACAAACCAACCCCCUCUUGGGGAAGGGAGAAUGGGGAGAGUGAAGGAAGGAAGGAAAGAAGGAGGGAGGGGGGGUGGUUGAAAUACAAAAGCAACCCCAACACCAGACCCCAUAAAGAUAGAAACAAAUUAAACACUUGCUGCAACACACACGUCAGCCACCUUGGAGUUAUAUAUUUUUACAAGAACAAUUUCGGAGGGCAUUCUUUCUAAAGACUGCUUGAUUUGCACAAGGAAGUUUUAAAUGUUUGUGAAUGUGAAAAAAAUGACUGAAGGAAGAAAGGAAGGAAACGGAGUAGGAGACUUCAGAGUUUCAGGUUGACCCCGCUGCUACCUAAACUCCAGCUCAGACUUUUUACCAGAAACUAGAAAAACAAACACGACGAAGACGACAACAAAACAUUCCCGCUCUAAAACUUUCUCCCGUUAUUUUAUUUCCCACCUCAGAUGAUUCUAUCCCGACCCUGUCUGAGUCAUGUUUCCUUUUGUUUCCUUUUUUUGUGGUAAAUGCAAGAGGAGAUGAUGUCUGUUCUCUGUCCCUCUCUGUGCUAAGAGCAAAAAUAAUGUAGCAUAACAAGACAACGGACACUUGUUUUCCUGAAGUGUUCCUCCAUGUAGACUGCUGCUGAAGGGUUUCGGGGAGGGGGGGGGGGGGGGGGGCACAAGCAACACAAAACAGUUUUGUAGUCUUGAAAGAAGAAGAGGGAGAAGAAGAGGCUUGCUUUUAUACUAACUGUUGAGGAUUUUUUCUUUGCUGGAAUUUUUUUUUUUUUUAGUUGAGUGAAUGGCAAAGUCAAGGAUCAGAACCAGAGACCAAAGUUGGUGUGGAGAGGGAAGAGGGAGGGGAGAGAGUCAGCCAGAGUGCGUGUGUGUGUGUGUGUGUGUGUGUGUGUGUGUGUGUGUGUGUGUGUGUGUGUGUGUGUGUGUGUGUGUGUGUGUGUGUGUGUGUGUGUGUGUGUGUGUGUGUGUGUGUGUGUGUGUGUGUGUGUGUGUGUGUGUGUGUGUGUGUGUGUUUCUUAGUUUCGUCUUUCUUUUUGUGAAUGGAGAAAAGGGUUGAAGAAAAGCAACGAAUGGUGUGUUUGAGACCACACAUAAAACCGAGUUUUGGGCCACGUGCUUGUGCACCAAAUAGCCUUUUUUUCUUUUUUGGUAAACCAAAUGGUACGUAAACAGAAACCGACAGAGCCGUCUGUAAAUACAGAUGGUCGAGUAAGAAGCACUUAGAGUGCCAUCUGUGACCUCAGUUCUCUGCAUGUUACCCAUCAAGCUUUCCCAAAAGAAAUAACAAAGAUAAAUAAAUAUGCAAAUUGAUAGUUGCACAACUGGCUUCCUAAAUAUUAGAUUUUAGUCACUUUCAUGGCUUUAUCCAAAUUGUUGACUGCUGUAAAGUUCCUGUGAGGAACUCUGUUUGAGUGGAUUUUGGCACCCCCUGUGGAGACAGCAGUGCCUCUUCUGUUUUUAACAUAAAAGACUCAUCCCGUCUUUUUAAAAAAAUGUAAUUUAAUUCAUCAGUCUUUGCUGUGGAAAAUGCAAAAGAAAGGCUGUUUAGUCAGAGCGCAGUGAAUCACUUGUCCUUGUUUGCUUUGGUAGCUCAUAAAGAGACAUCAGUGUUGAUAUAAAUCAGUUUCAAAAACUCCUCUGAGGAGCUGAGAGGGCCAAACAUAUAAUUAAUGUAUGGAGGAAAAGUAGGAAGUUGCAGCCCAAUUCAAAAGUGAUUGUUUUUCCAGCUUGGUCGCCCUGUCAGAGGUAUGUUCUGACUCUUUAAGUCUUUACUUUCUGCAGGAGAUGAUCAAAUGUGCUCUCUCCAUGAAACUGACGUUUGCAUCCAGUGUUUCCAUCCAUUCUGACAGCCUCCUGGAGCUUUGUCAAGCCAGUGCAGUUCAUGGAAACACUGGUUGAAAACACUUCAACAGGAACAGCCGGUUACAUAACUACAUGCAGAGUGCUGAGGUCACAAAUAUUGCUACACUUAAACCAGACGAGAAACGGUCAGUUUCACCAAAACCAUCCUUCGAGAGGAAAGCAUGAAGGAGGGAAAAACGUCUGACCAUGCAGCCUGAAACCCAUUUUAUGUGUGGUUUUUUAAAAAAAGACUGAGGAAUACAUGAAUGAAUAUAUGCUAACGACUGUGUGGUGGUUAAACUGGGACUGUUUGUGUUCAUUUUGUAACAAACCUUCAGAAAUAAUAAGCUUUGAUAAAUGUUUUAUGUGUAACACAGAGCAGGUAGACGGAGAACGUCCCGAGCUGAAGACACAGGCUUUAGAAGAAAAUACUGAAAACUUGAAAGAACGUGCAAUCUUAGCGUUGUGUAGUUCAGAAGUCACAAAGAGAGAAAGAGAGAGAGAGAGAGAAAGAGAGAGAGAGAGAGAUGCACUAAAGGUCCAAGAGAUAAUCAAAGUGCACAGUGAAGCUUUUGGAGUAAAACUUGUUUGUCUGAUUUAUUAGUUUCCUCUUUUAUUUGUUUUUUACACAGAACUUCUUGCCGGUGCUUGACUUUAUAACCAGUGGAAGCAUCACACAAUAAAAACUUUGUUGAAACUAAAGUGGAAAACGAAACCAAGUUGCAUUCAAUUCUUCCUGGAAAUUUGAAAUUCUGCUUCAGUGAUUGGCUGUUGAAACGAGGAUACUGCUCAACCAUUGGCUUUUGAUUUUGGAGUUCAAUGAACAGGGUUAAUUUGUUCGUGGAUGUAUUAUUAAAUGUACAACACUCACAUAGAAAUCACUGGAAAGCACUCUUGAGCCAAAACAAAGACUGAAUUUUGUGCCCUAGUGGACACUUUUGGUAUUGUAGCCUGAAAUUCCAAUUUUCAUCAUAAGCCAGCAAAAUAAAACAGAUGUCUAAAAACUAUAGCAAAGACUUCUAGAACUGCAAACUAGGCAAAUUGUGGAUUUUUUAUAGUCAAUGAAGGUUUUUUUAAAUUGUGAAACUUCUUUUACGCUGAGAAUUUUUUAGAAUAUCUGCACACAGUGAUCACAUUGCUAAAUUCGGGGGCAAAAAUAGAAAAACAUGAGUGGGGCAUCUCAGAAAAUCAGAACUAAGUCUUUUUUGCAGUGUGAUAAACUCAAUGUGACUAAAAAGAGGUUGAAAUUAAUUGAAUUUUCACUUUCUUUCAGUUAUGCUGCCAAAAUAUAUUCACGAUAUUCUACUUUGUUGAGAUGAAGCAGUACCAUGCAUAUUCAGAGGAUGGUGUUCCACGAAAGUUAUACUACCAACUUUCUGGCAUAUGUGUCAAGCGAUCAGUUGUUACUGCACUGAUUGGAUGCCAUCGCGUGGUUUGAUACUUGGGCCUAAUAAUACAUCCAUGGUUUGGUUCAGGUGGGACCUGGUGUCUCGAGACAGCCGUAUUGUUGGUGCUUGUCUUGUAAUCUGCAGCUAUUACAAGUAAAGGGUAGAAGAGCUGCAAGGAUGGGGAGAAGAUUUGUUGACCCUGGCUCUAUGGCAAACAAAGGCAGCUGUUUUCAAUUCCCGCUGCACCCCCAACCUUAACUCCACCUAAAGCUGACAUUGACACUGCACCAAAAACCUAUUGAGAAGGCGAGACGAUGCUGGUUACAAAGUCAGACAAAGCACCUCCCCCUGCCUCUUUUGUCAGCAGCGUUUUCCACAGUGUGAUAAUCCAACAUCAGAGUGUAUGGACCACAAACACACAAUCACACAUUUAGUAUGUCUGAAGAAGUGAACCAGGUUGUAGGAAGAGGGCCAUUGAUUGCUGCAGAGGAGUCAUUGUGAGUGAAUGAUACAACAUUGGUUGUACCCACCACGUGUUUAUCUACACCCCCGUCUCAAUGUCCUCCUCCACACCCUAAAGUGUAGUCACCCCAAACGGUAUCACCGUUAUCUGCCCCCACACACCCCAGUCCUUGACCUAGUCCUCUUAAGGUAGGUAGAUGAGUUAGGGGAGGUGAGAUUUGUGGAGCUGAAAGCCAUUGCUUUAGCAAUCUCCUCUUUAUUUUUCUACUGGAGACUGAAUAAGUUUGAAGCGUCCUAAAACCAGCAGGACUAAAUCUAGUGUGGCCUGUUUGUAGUGUUAGUUAGUCUUGAUAACAUCUAAAUUAUUUUAUCGUGCUGACGCAAGAUUUGGAAAAUUUUAUAUUUGUACAUGACAACAACUAAAUUUGGAAUUAUUAGGGCCUUGCUCCAAAAAAACAACAACACUUUUGACAAAUUGGAUAACCAGAGUUCAGAACAACCACAGGAACUAGUUCUACUUCUUACAAGUAGAAGACCAGUUAAUGAAUAGAUUGUUUUCAACUGGCAUACAUUUUUUCAACUUUAUGCCAGUUUAAAAUGCCCUAAAAAGGUGAAAGGAAACAAAAAGUACUUACUGUUUCUUCCAGGUUUGUCAUGCAUCUUAAAGAAAACAGAUCAUACCACCUUUGAAGAUGCAUUUGACCAAUACAAGGACAGGCCACACUAGAUUUAGCUCAAGGGUCUCUCCACACGCCAGCAGUCCCUCUCUACCAUCCCAGUUUUACUAAACACUAUGGAAGACGAAAAACAGGAGACUGUCAGCACAGGUGGACGUAACAAUUGCAGCACUAAGGGUGUUGUUUUGUCUCGGCUACAAGGAUUUUAAGGAUUCCUUUUUCAAAAUAGUUUGGGUUUUUUGUUCCUCUGCCAACUUUCAAAAUUUGCAGGUAGGUCCCAUUCUUCACAGCCACCUUUCUCUGAUUUCAGACGAGAGUUUUUUCUGUAUGUUUCGUCCACCAGUGGUGACAGUCUUUGUUCUUUCUCGUAGACUAACUGGGGACAGCAAGGCGGGGUUUGUUGAUAUAAUAUUGAAUGUACAAAAAAGAAAAACAAACAAAAAAAGAAAAAAAAAAACGAUCAGUCCGGGUCUAAAACUGUCAUCCUUUCCUUCUUUUACUUAAAGCACUGCAGUCAUGUUCGCAAAACGAGAUGAUCCUAACUCAAGGUGCUAGGCCUGUUUGGAUUUGACGUCUCCUUGGUGACAUUACCGGUCAUUAACCCUCAGGUGUUUCAAGUUUACCGUACAAACUACCACACAACAAAGCCAGCGAUUUGAAAAAUGAAUAAAUAAAUAAAUCAGGGUUUUUUCUGCUCACGUAAAUCGCUCUCAGUUAACUAAGCUAGAUCCCGACGACUUUGACCAUUGUAGUGUCCUCACUUCAAGAGGCAUGUCCCUCAUUGCUUCCUGUAGCUUCGACACAGCAUCAUCGCCAAAAAAGAUGUCAUAGUCUUUCCUUCCCCUCCAUCACACCACACUUCAACGGUUUUAUUUUUCUUUCUUUAUUAGCUGUCUUUUGUUUUUCUAACAGGGAACUCCAAAAAUCCCUAACUCUAUUACUUGAACUUUACUGCAUUGCUCACUGUUGAAUGUCUUUAUAUGAAAAUAUACAUUUAUUAAAGAAAAAACAAAAAACUAAGAGUUCCCUUUUGUUUUAUGGUGAGCAGAGCCGACGUUUUUAGAGUUUUAUGACAGAUGUACAGUAUUCGUUACAGGCAUACGUAGAGCUAAUCUAGGAGGGAAGGAGGCGCUUUUUGAAACUUUUCUCAGAGAUGUUCGGAUCUUUUCCUUCACAGAGGGCUUGUCUGAAAUUGCACACAUUAUCGACUACAAGAGACUUGUGUUACUAUUUACCUGAAUCACAUUUUCACUGAGAUGUCGUAUCUAUCAUAUAAAUAUAAAGCUAAGAUAUAUUACAGUUUGAAGGGUUGUUUUGAGUCGCAGUCGCUGUUCUCUGACUGUUUUUCGUUCCCUCCUCCCCUACAACAUUUAGACCAAAGAUUUCAGUUCUUGUUAAUCCUUCAGUUGUUGGAAAGGGAUGUUUCAGUGAUGUUUUUAUCUCCAUUGCCUUGAUAUUUUCACAACUCAGAAGAUAAAACCAUGUUGUGUGAAUGGUGUCCCGUACAGAUAGCUAGGACUGUUUGAUCUGUUCAUUUGUGUUUUAAAAAAAAAAAAACAACAGUUUAACAGGUACUUUUUUGUGGCAUGUCAGGAAGGAUCCAUCUUUAAAAUCCUUGUUCAAUGAUGUCGGAAUGGUAAAAGUCAAUCAGAUCUAACUUUAUCUGCACUCUCCAGUUUAUGUGCUGUUGAUAUAAACUGUUUUCUGUUUAGGAUUUAAAAAAAAAAAAACUACCAAAAGUCCCAGAGUCACAGCUUUCUCACUCAUGCUACUUCAUAUAUUUGCACAUGAUGACCGCAACUGGAGGUAGUCCUGUUUGCAAGUUGAAACUUUUCUGUUUCAGUGUUGGAAUUAUCCUGCAGAAACCUCUUGAACAUACAUGUGCUUUGGCAGAUUUAAGUUUCCUUGUAAAUGAUUGCAUAUAAAAAAAAAUGGUUUAGCUAGGCUUUGGUUGCUUUUCUAAAUUAAGAUCCACAAGUUACCACAAGUUACUGUUGCACGCAAUAUUUUGGAUAAGUGCAGGUUUUGGAUCUUAAUUUUUGGGCCAUUCGGCAUCCAUACAUUUACAUUGCAGGGAUGUUAAAAUAGUUUCAUGUGGAACUGAUUUCAUUAAGUUUGUCCUUUGGUAUUUUACUCACUUUUUUCAUGAGUUGACUCAAGUUGAAAUGUUCAAAAGAAGGAUGUGUACAAUGAAGGUACAUUUUUCACCUCAAGCUUAUCAAGUGGAAAAGCUACAGAAUAAACGGAAGGCCAACAGGGACGAAACUCCUUUUUUCUUGAUACCUGUUUUUAUAUCAAUUUAUACAUAUUUGAGGUUUCUGCAGGACAGUUCCUCUCCAUGUCUGACUCCACCAAACAUGCAAUAUUCCCUUUUCUGUCAGCGAGGGGUCCGUGAUGGAGGGGUGCAUGUUUUCCCUCAGGUGUAUAGACCCCCACAGAGUACAGGUGUUUCUGAACGGGCAGGGUUUUAGUUUAUAGUAGUACUAAGAACAUGUGGAAAGACAAGCAGUUAAAGAGGGUUACUGGGACAAACCAAAAUAUCUGUUUACUUUUACAGACUGUUUAGUUGAGUUUUAACUCAACGCUAACUCGCAUUACUCCAGGAAACAGGCUUAGGUUCACCUCUCAGCAAAACAAAGGUACGUUUAGAUUCAAACUAAGGGUGCAGUCUCUUUUACAACAGGUACAAUAAGCCUACUGUUAUAUAUGAGUGUUUAUACUCACCACCACCCCAGGACUGUUAAAAUAGCAACUGUCUGUUGUUCCUCUACUACUACUAUUGUUACUACAAAUACUACUACUCGCCCUCAAGCAGUUCUGCAAAGUUUUAUUUGCAGCGAGGUUUGAAUAUGUUUGUGAUUCUCACCGAGGAGUCUUGUUGUGUUCUUACCACUGCUUAUCUGAUCACAGUACCCAGCACAGCUUUGAGGAGUAACAGCUUCUUAUAUAUAUAUGAAAAACAGAACUUUUAAAAAAUCAAACUAACAAAAAAAAAAGAUUUUAAAAAAGUGUAUAUGACACCCAUCCUUACCCUCCCCUCCUCCUUUUACCCCUUUUUUGACAUACGUACAGAUCCAGCAUGCAUAUUUGGUACUCUUGACUGUUGUUUUUUGUGUAUAAAAGAAAAAUGGUUAAAAAAGAUGUCUUUGAAAAACAACUGUUAUUUGUCUGUUUAUGGUGUAUUCAGAUCUGAAUUUAAUAGAGCAAAUUUAACAUCACUGCUUACAGCUGAAACAAGUUCAAGUCCUUUUUGUGUCAGUUGUAUAAUGCUAAACGGUGAAAUACUGAGGAAGAGGACUGUUACUGUGCAGGAAUUCAUCUCUACUGAUGGCACUUCUUGUGAAUACAAAUGGGCUUUGAAUAUUUCUGUAUGGUAUUAAAAGUUUGUAUAAUAUCACAGAUUUUACUCAGUUAACUGCCGGUUAUAUUUUACUAUUCAGGUGCAUUUUGUGCCGAUGAAUCUUAUCUGCAAAUCAAAAUUGGCUAUUGAUCAAGUGCCAACACAUUUUCAAUCACAACUUGCAAAUGUGUUGUGUGCCUCUCUAGUAUCAAAUUUGCAUGCCUAUGGUGUAAAAGUUUACAAAAAUUAAUAUGCAACUUGUAGUUAAACUAAAAUAGUGCUGUCAAGGAAGCAACAAUAAACAAUAAACAUCUGGUCGGACUUAGAAUUUAAAGCUUCCUGAAUUCAUAUUCAUAAAGAUAGCUUAUGGCUGUACCUGCUCUCUUCCUCAGUGUUACUCUCUGCCGUACCUGCUACCAGCUUCUCUUGGUAUUCUCUCUUUGAAACGGUUUUGACCCAUCACGGUUCACUUUACUUUCUCGUAUCGGUUGCAAUAGUAUGUUGGUUGUAGAUUCUCCAUUUGUUAAUGAGCUGAACUCAUGUACGUUUAUCAGUGGAGCUCCACCAUAUUCAGUUCUCUUACAGAAUAAAGAGAAUAUUUUGUUCAAAUACAAA